GAUGGAAUACCCGGGAGAAUGUCCCCUCCACGGACCACUAACGCAAGUGAAGGACACUCCGGUUCUUCUGGGGGACCCCCAGCGCGCAAAAAAGACCGUGCCUGAUGGGUUGUGUGUGCGCCGUUCAACGAUCAAAGGCGCCCAGCACGGCGUGUUUACCUUGAAGCGGCUUCCCAAGAGGCUGUGCUUUGGGCCGUACGAGGGCAUCAAGGUGGACAGCAGCGCCGCAGACGGAUACACCUGGCAGAUCCGCCAGAACGGCCGAGUGUUCCUGAUGGACGGCCGCCCGUUGGACCGCACCAACUGGAUGCGCUUCGUCAAAUGUGCUCCCGAGCAGAGUCAACAGAACCUGGUGGCGUUCGUGCGCCAGGGAGCCGUGUACUUCCGCACGUGCAAAGUGGUGAACGCCGCAGAGGAGCUGUUCGUGUGGUACGGCGACGAUUUCACCAAGCAGCUGGGUCUCACCGGCAGCGCAGGGGCACAGAACCAUGCGGCCGAGGUGGACGUCGCUGCAGCACCUGAGGUCUUCUCCUGCGAGGAAUGCGGCGAUGAGUUCACCGUGAAGCAGCUGCUGGACAACCACCGGCGACGCAAGCACAUGCAAAAGCCUCAAGAAAAGCACCAAUGCGCCCACCGCCCUUACUCCAGCAACAGAAGGUGAGCGAAGAUGUGGAAGGCACUUGAUAUAUGUUGCUGUG